CGCUAGUGGCGGCGGCGACGGUUGCCGUUGAGCGGUGGCUUUCUCCGCCGUCGUUGGCUUGCGAGUGCGUGCGUGCGUGUGCUUCGGCGUUGUAGGGGAGGCGUGUGCCCCCGCUUGUCAAACGAAGGAUUCCCUUACGCAUGCGAACCACCGAGAUCAUGGCGGGAACGCGACAGUCUCUGCUGCUGACGGACGAACAACGCGAGGAGCUCAGCGGACAGUUCGAAACGCUGAGCAAAGGCUUCGUGGAGCUGUCGAGUCUCCGCGAUGCCCUGGCCACCGUGGGCUUCAAGCUCCCCCAGUGGAAGGUUCGUCAGAUGAUCGAGGACAUGGAGAGGCGUCGAGGUGCCCUGGCCGAACCGGGGCGCCUGUCGCUGGCCGAGUUCGAGCAGAUCUAUGCCGAGCUGCGUGGCCAGGAGGUCUCGGCGGGUUUCAAGGCCAUGCUCUCCAAAAAGGACAACGUACAGACGCUGGGAGGCAUGUCCGAGGCGUCCAGUGAAGGCACCACACAUUCCGUUCGGCAUGAGGAACGAGCCGCCUUCUCUGAUUGGAUCAACCGGAAUCUCAGCUCUGACCCUGACUUGGCGCACCUGCUUCCUAUCCCUAUGCCCGGCGAAGUAUUGUACGAUCGCGUAAAGGACGGCAUCCUACUCUGCAAGAUGAUCAACCACUCCUGCCCGGAGACAAUCGACGAGCGGGCCAUUAACAAGAAGGGCCUCACCGUCUACACGAAGCAUGAGAACCUGACGCUUGCCUUGAGCUCGGCACAGUCCAUCGGCUGCAGCAUCGUCAACAUCGACGCGCACGACUUGGCGCGUGGCAAGCCUCACCUUGUGCUGGGCCUGCUCUGGCAGAUCAUCAAGAUCGGCCUCUUCAACCAGAUCACGCUGCAGCACUGCCCGGGCCUUGUGCAGCUCGUGCAGCCGGGAGAGGACAUGGCGCACUUGCUCCACCUGGCACCCGAGGCCAUUCUGCUGCGCUGGUGCAACUACCACCUCGAACGGGCUGGCACCAACCGCCGCCUGAACAACUUCACCUCGGACGUGCGCGACUCCGAGAUCUACACCAUCCUGCUGCGCCAGAUCGCACCAGUCGGAUCGGGCGUCACGACCGAGGCGAUGCGAGAGUCCGACCUCCUGGCGCGUGCCGAGGUCAUGCUGCAGCAGGCGGACAAGAUCAACUGCCGCUCCUUCCUGAGCCCUCAAGACGUGGUCGACGGUGUGUACAAGCUGAACGUGGCCUUCGUGGCCAACCUGUUCAACAACCACCCAGCACUGGACGUGCCGGAGGACGGCAAUGCCCUAGAGGGCCUCGAGGGACUCGAGGAGACUCGCGAGGAGAAGACGUACCGCAACUGGAUCAACUCGAUGGGUGUGAACCCAUAUGUGAACUGGCUGUACAGUGACCUGGCCGACGGGCUCGUCAUCUUCCAGCUGUUCGACGUGAUCCGGCCCGGACUGGUGAACUGGACGCGUGUGCAUCGCAUCUUCAGCCGGCUCAAGGGCUUCAUGGAGCGGCUCGAGAACUGCAACUACGCUGUUGAACUGGGCCGCAAGCAAGGCUUUUCGCUGGUGGGCGUGGCUGGCCAGGACCUCUUCGAGGGCAACGCGACGCUCACGCUCGCGCUCGUCUGGCAGCUGAUGCGCGCCUACACACUCUCGGUGCUUACGCAGCUCGCUGACACAGGCCACCCCAUCGUGGAACAGGAGAUCGUCCAGUGGACAAAUGGAAAGCUGAAGUCUGCUGGUAAGACGUCACAAAUCCGGAGCUUCCAAGAUCCAUGCAUUUGUGAUGCACGCCCCAUCAUUGACCUUGUGGAUGCCAUCAACCCUGGAUGCAUCAACUAUGCUCAAGUCCUGAAUGCAACUAACCAGGAGGAGCGCCUUGCAAAUGCCAAGUAUGCCAUUUCGAUGGCACGCAAGCAAGGUGCCCGCAUCUACGCACUGCCAGAGGACAUUGCCGAGGGCAAGCACAAGAUGGUCAUGACUGUGUUCGCCUGCCUCAUGGCCAGGGACUACGUGCCUGGACAGAAGCAGCAGCAGGAACAGGAACAGCAACAGAAGCAGUAGAGGAUGUGCUUUGCCUGCUGACAUUUCGUACAUCAGUGUGCUGUGCACCGACAGUAGCAUCAUUCAGGCCUUGUGUGGCCUGUGUUUUUCACAUGAGUGUUCUAGCCACUGUCAUCGUCGCAUGAUAUUGUGACUCAGUAUAUCCACUCCAAAAGGCAAAGUUCAGAACAGAGAGAGAGGCUUGGUGUACUUAUAAGCAUGUGGUCCUGGUGACACUGACUUUAGCCUUUCAGCCUUCUAGUUAAAGUGAGCCACAUGCCAUCAGUGGCUGAGAAGUGAUGCUUUGCUGAAGUUUGUCGCACAUGAAGACACCUAACAGCUAACAAAGGCACAGAUGUAUGGGUGUAAGAAAUGACUCAACCAACUGUAAGAAGGCUUUAAAUACUUUCCUGAUCACUUAAUAUUUCUUAACUUCAGUUUAGUCCGUUUUUUUUUUAGCUUUGAAGUUGCAGAACCCAUGUGGUAAUAUUUACUCCUUGGAAAGUUACCCUGUGUAAGGCUGGGACCUUGCAUACAGCUGAGCUGAAGUAUGCUAUGUUCAGGCAAAAUCACAGUAAAAAGAAUUGGUUAACUUGAUCAGUUUAUGUAGUGAAAAUAAGAAUAAAAUUGGUGCUCAGUUGCACAACUAUCGGUAAACACAGAGGGGAAAAAAAGGGUACUAUGCUAUUGAAAAGUAGAUGACAGCAGCCUGUGAGGGAAGACUACUGCAAUAGUCUCAACAAGUGGCAGUGAUUGCCUUUCACGUGUUGUUGUUGAUUAGCAAUGCUUGGAGUCGUCUUGGUAGUCAAAGGUUGGUCUAACAUUAGUCUAACAAUUAUCAAAAUAACUUGCCCUCAUGAGAACAUAUACGUCAGAUCAGAAAAUUGACAACCAGACAGAAGCUUCUAUGCAUUCAUUGCUGCUGUCAUUUAGAAAUUAUGUGGCCGAGUCGACCAAAGCGCAAAUUUUGAGUCUUUUUUAUUGAAGUGCUACGAGUACUGGUGGCUAGUUCCAAUGAUAGCUCCAGUCGAAGUUUCAUUUUUACAGAUUACCCGAUGUGCCAAAAAUUGUAAAAUCUGACAUAUAGUUAAAAUUCAGUCACAAUUUGAGACUGUGCAUGAUGUUGCUAGUAGAAGAAUUCCAACAGAAAUGUUCAACUCAUAGAACAGCUGUCCAUGAAUUUGAUCAAUUUCUAUAGUUUAACAAUCCAUUUGUAUAUUAGGGUUCCCAUACUUGUUGGCAUUGCGUUAUGGUUUUCACUUUCUUGCAAUUUAGACGAUUGUGCUGCUGCUAUUCUGCAGUUUAAAUUGUGGGGAACUUUAUUGCAAAUAGCAUAAAUGGAUAUUACGCUUCAGAAUUGAUAAAUAUGUUCAAUGUAGUGCUGCAAUUUUGUGUAUAGCAGCAUAUUUUCCACAUACACAUUGACAGCAGUUGAUUUUGGAUUUUCAAUGAUAUGUGCUAAAUGUGGCAAUUAAUUACUGCUGCAAUUCGAAUGUUGGCUUUUAUGACCAUGUGUGCCUGAUGCCCUAUGUUUCAAGCUCUUAUGGAGCUUUCUGCACUGCUUUGGGUCUCGAUGGGCAAGCCGUGCUUUUUCACGCCAUGGUCCUUGAGCGGUCUUGAAUGUGUUUUAGGAUGAGAAAGCAGCAAUCAGCUGAAAACAUAUUGUGCUUACAAGUCAUAAAAUCUAUCUAGAGAACAGGGUCUGCUGUCAGAAUGCCCUUUUCCAUUUGUUGUUCUAUAAAGGCGUAUGUGUAUACUGUAAAUAAUUUUCCUUUUGUCUAAUCUGCUGUGUAUUAUGUUUGUACCAUUUCCAUGACUUCAAUGUGUUAUCGUGCUUAGUUUUGAUUUAAUAUGGAAGAAAGCUAAUGUAUUUACAAUGCUGUUGACUCCAAGCUUAGGUUGUAAUUUUGUUGCAAUUUAUGACAUCAGUGGGCCUGCGCUGUUAUGACAUAUUAGCCCAUAUUGAAUCAUGUGCUUCCUGACUGCGGCAACCUAGACUGCUAUGCAGUUGCUGAGUGUGGUCCUUAGUGAUGAAUUCGUCUCGCAAGUUUAACUUGUCUUGGUGUGCUUAUGAGCUGCAGAGGUCUUUGGCUCCGAACCUUGUGCAUACUGUUUGGUGGCAUGUUGUGGAUUCUCUUUUGCAGAGAAUCAAAUUCUUUCUACAUUCCAUAAGCUGUGUGUGGGCAGGUACCGCACAGAACCCAUACAUCUGAUGUGAGGGGUUGCUUUUUUUCUAGUGAACGAAGGCCUCUGUAGGCAAAUACGCAAGGACACAAGCAUUGAGAAGGUUGUGGUCUCUUGCAUGUGCAGUAUGCAGGGUCCACAGUCAGUAAGGCUAAGCUUUAAUGACAUGGCUGGCUUGUUUAUGUGCAGCCAGUACAAAUGGUGCCAAUACACUCCUGGCAUCCAAAGGUCGAGAAAAAAAUGGGGCAUUUAUUUCUAAAAUAUUUUUAAGCAUACAGAUGAGUUUACAAAUGAUGCUUCAUCCAAUACUGUUAAAGGUGGUUGUUCACCAGAUUUGGACAUUUUAAACAGGCGAGCGUGGUGCAUAGAUCAUAAUGGGCAAUCGAGUCUCCAAACUUUCAAACCACUACACAGCGCAUAAACAGCUGAAAUUUUUGGACAAAAGCCUAUGUGCCUUUCCUCUCUAGGGAACCUGCCUGAAAAUCAUGGUCGCAGGAAUAAACGCCUCUAUGUAAGACACAGCCAGCCACGUCACCAAAAAAGAAGAGGCAGGGUUCAUGGCUUAAACUUGACAAGGUCCCUUGACUCUGGUAUGGGUGAAAGUAGGGAGGCACUGUCAUCAGCUAACGCUAGGCGAGACAAAUGUCCAUGUUGGCAAUGGAGCUCACCUCCUGACAGCAUGGCAAUGUUACAUUUCAUUUUCUCCCAUCUCCUCUAGUAACGAACCAAUUUGAAAAAUUCUUGCCGCAAAAAUGCUCCAUAGGAGGUUCUUUAUAUGUUCUGGUGUAUAACCAAAUUUUCCAUGAGACCUGGUGAGGGGCCUUUAAAGUUCCCUGUCACUUUAAUCAAGUGAACUAUUUCAGGUAAACUGCACGACAGAGAACUUCUACCUGCACAAGCAUUUAAUUGGCAUUGAUAGUGUUGCGCUAUUCACAAUAACUGGCACUUAUUGGUAGUUUUCUCAAAUAAGCUGAUUCUCCUUCUAUGUUUAUGUCAGGCCUCAUAUAUGUAUUAUUGUUAAAUAUUGUGUAGUGGCUUCAAACAUUCGAAAAUGAACUAAGAGGUGCCUUCGCUUAGCAGUACAGUAUGCUUUCCCUAGUCUGUAUGUGGCCCUGAGUUAUGCCUCCUUGCGACCAGUGUGUAAGACUGACUUUUUCAAUUGUUUGGCUGGCCAUUGCUCAUGCAAAGCACCUCUUUCGUCCAAAUGCUGUAUGUGCCUUGUUUUUUCUAUGCUAAAAUAAAGUCUACAACUUCUUACUCA